AUGUCACAGACUUGGGUUAGAGGGCCCGUAUGUGGAGUGGACAACUGUACAUCCAGGCUUUAUAGGUCCACCGAUGGGCUCAAAAUAUGUCAAUAUGGACAUGUGAUGGAUGGGAAUAUCGAGAUCAAUGAUGAUCAAGAUGACAACUUUGUACAAACAAAGAGACUUAAUAUCCAACUCACAGGGUUGGGGGGUGAUUUCCUGUCGCAAUCAAGUGCAAGAGGAUAUGCAACCCAUGGAAAAGAGGGUAAACUUUAUGGUCAGGCUGCUAAGGAACAUUACCUUCUUUCACUUCAAGUUGUACUUCAAAAGCAGCUCAAGAUUAUUAUCAAGAUCUUCUUCAAUGAAACAAGUCUGGAUGCAGAACUUGAACUACUCCCAGUAGUAAAAUUGUUUUGGCUUAGAAACUUGCAGGCAAGUUUAUUACCCGAUAAUGAUAAAUCUGAAUUGGGACAAAAGGAAGAUGAAAAUGAAGAAGUAGAUAUUGAUUUCAACCAUCCUGACUUACACCUUCCAACCACUUUGGAUCUCAUAUGUAUCAUCUAUUUAUCUCUAUUGGUGCUCAGAUACCCAGUGUACGUACAUGACUUGGUGGCAGCUCUCAAGCAAAAUACAAUUCCAUAUAUGCGAUGCUUACAUCUACUUCCAAGAGAUUAUGUUAAAAAAUUACCAUCAUAUUAUAUUAAACUAUUUGAACCAACAAAAUUACCAUUAUCAAAUGAAAUAUAUGAAACUAUAUUCAAGAUUUCAUCUAGAGUUUGUCCAGAUUUAAUUCAAGUACCUAUGGAUUAUUAUUAUCCAUUAGCAUUCAAAAUCAUAUCAAAGACUCUUUUACUACCUGAUGCACCAGAAAUAUUCCUUUUAUGGGUUGCAAUAACUGAAAAGCUUCAAAUCCCCGAGAUUAAAUUACAAGAAGAAUCUAAAUCUAAAUCUAAAUCCAAAAGAAGGAAAACUGUUGCAAAUUCAAAAUUGUUGAAAUUCUCGGAACUCCAAGUAGUUGCACUCGUUAUCUUAACCAUCAAGGUAUAUUUUGUGUAUAAUACAGUGGGUGCUGAAUGUAAAAUAGAUCCAACAACUUGGCUCAAUAAUUUAACUCAAUAUGAACUUAAUCAUGAAUUCCCCGUACCUCAAAGUGGGAUAGAUGAAGAAGAUAUUCUUAAUUGGUCUGAUAAAAAGAUUAAUCGAUAUUGUCAAUGGAUAUAUGCCAACUUGGUCCCAAAGAAGAAUAAAACGUUUAACAUUAUCCGGGAUGAUCAUGAUCUUGAAGAAGUUGGACAAGAAGAAAUGGAAGAACUUUCAAUGAUGGAUAAAAGAUUAUUUCAAAUUUUUAACAUUGGUCAAGAAGAAUAUGCAUCAUCGGGUAAAAGAACCCUUGAUCUGGAAAAUGAAAAGAAUCAAGAAGAUUUUAGCAUAGAUCAAGUUUUUAGUGGGUAUAAGCCACAAAUUAAAAAAGUUCUUGUUAGUGAUAUUAAUUCGGUAGAGAAUCAUCUUACUGAAAAAUUAAGUGGAGAAUUUGGAGUUACAAAGAAAUUAUUAGAAAUGUGUUAUAAUGGGGUAGAAGUAUUAGUGCUGGAUGUUAUCAAGGAGGGAGGGUAA